UGACUGGUCUCUUCUUACAAAGCAACUUGUGUGUGAAGAACGCCUGCCAAGUGAGUAUGAAGAUUGGAACAUAAGGGAGUUAACAGGUCUUCUUCCACGAGAGCUCCACCGGUUUUGCAAGGCAUGGAACAUGGCAAAACAAUUGGAGACAGGUGUGAAUAAAGAGACUGUCAUGGAAACAUAUAUGAAUCUUGCUGUUGAAUACUUUAAGAUCAAGGUACAAAGGUUGUUGGACCGCCAGAGACUUGGAAAUGCAGUGGAGGAUAGCACUAUAUUUGCUGCCAAAGUGUUCAUGGGUUCAGAAAUGUGGAAUGUCCCGGAAAGCUGGAAAGUUUCGGGCAUGGUUUUUUUUAAUGGUUUGAAAUAUCAUUUUGUCUGCCCUCCAGCUGAACAAGCCAUUUAUGAAGUGUUUGAUGAUGAGCAUCUGCAGAAUGCAAUUGCAAUCUUAAGAGAGGAUGAAAACAUAAGAUGGAGGAUCCUGGAGCUAUGUGUUCAACAUUGA